AUGUCGGACAAAUAUUUCGAUAGUAGUUCAGCCAAGUGGGGUAUCCAGGAUUUUUUGAACAGCUCUGAUAAUGAAGCAUUCGAUGUAAAGAUAGAUUUUUACAUAAAGACUCUUCCCGGAGUGAAAAAGCACGAUUGCUUCUUGAUCAAUAUAGGAGCAAAUGUAAGAAAAAGUGACGUGGCGGGAGCUUACUGGGUCUUCGUCAUUCAAGGUUACUGGCCGAGUCACAAUACUAGUGCUAGGGCACAUGUAGCUUACUGGGUUGCCGGAUCAUUACUAGCACUAGUCCCAUUGGGGCAACAGGUGGCUUACUGGGGAAAUGACCGUAAACUUGCUAAAUAUUGGGAGGCAACACGUAGAUCAGGCAUAAAGUAUAGCGAACCAUUAAUUAACGUCAAUAACAUUAAUAAUUCCAUUUUUGUAAGUGGAGGUGGAACCAUAGGAUUCAUAAACAGCGGAGUUAACAAUAACAAAACCUUACCAUCUAGGAAAAGAUAUCAGGAAGAGGUACGAGUGAAUGUUUUUUAG